AAACUGGACAGGGUCCUGACUUCGCACGUAUGGCUGGGAAAGCGGCCUCUACGGGGACAGUCAUGGCUCCCAAGCGCCAACCCCCGCCACAGAACGCAGGUCCCCUGAAGAAGCAGGGGCGCCUGGACGCAGGCGAAGAGGACAGAUUUCACUCCACAGUCCAGGCCCUCCGGGCUGCACCCACUGAGCAGCGAGUGAUCCACGUGGACUCUGAGUGCCCGCUCUAUAAAGAGCCCGGGACCCAGGUGCAUGAGGACUACAGCUGUACCCUGAACCAGACCAACAUUGGGAGCAACAACAACAAGUUCUACGUCAUCCAGCUGCUGGAGACCCCCAGUGGCUUUGCCUGCUGGAACCGCUGGGGUCGCGUGGGCGAGAAGGGCCAGAACAAGCUCAGGAAAUUCACCAGCCUAGAAGAUGCCAGGAAUGACUUUGAGCAGAAAUUUCAGGAGAAGACCAAGAACAAAUGGGCAGAGCGGGAUCACUUUGUGGCCCACUCUGGCAAGUACACGCUGAUCGAUGUGCAAAGGGAUGAACAGGCCCAAGAGGUCAUGGUGAAGGUGGAAGGAGGCCCAGCAAGUGCUGUGGCUAUGCAGGUGCUGCCCUGCUCCCUGGACCCUGCCACACAACAGCUGAUCACCAACAUCUUCAGCGAGGAGAUGUUCGAGGGUUCGAUGGCCCUCAUGAACCUAGAUGUAAAGAAGAUGCCCCUAGGCAAGCUGAGCAAGCAGCAGAUCGCCACUGGCUUCGAGGCCUUGGAGGCCCUGGAGGAGGCCCUGAAGGCCCCAGAGGGCAGUAGUCACAGCCUGGAGGAGCUGUCCUCUCGCUUCUACACUGUCAUCCCACACAACUGUGGCCGCAGAAGGCCUCCUCUCAUCAACACGCCAGAGCUGCUGCGGGCCAAGAAGGACAUGCUGCUGGUGCUGGCGGACAUCGAGCUGGCCCAGGCCCUGCAGGCAGCCCCAGAGGAGGAGGUGAAGGUAGAGGAAGUGCCACAUCCAUUGGACCGCAACUACCAGCUUCUGAAGUGCCAGCUUCAGCUGCUGGACCCUGAAACAUUGGAGUACAAGGUGAUCUGUACCUACUUAGAGCAGACAAGCAACCCAUACAGGUGCCCUACCCUACAGCACAUCUGGAAAGUAAAACGAGAAGGGGAGGGGGACAGGUUCAAAGCCCACUCUGGGCUGGAGAACCGGAAGCUGCUGUGGCAUGGCACCAACGUGGCUGUGGUGGCUGCCAUCCUCACCAGCGGGCUCCGCAUCAUGCCACACUCCGGUGGCCGCAUGGGCAAAGGUAUCUACUUCGCCUCAGAAAACGGCAAGUCAGCCAGCUACGUUACUGGCAUUAAUGGCAUCGGCUACAUGUUCCUGAGCGAGGUGGCACUGGGCCGAGAGCACCAUGUCAUGGCUGACAAGCCCAACCUGCAGAAGGCACCUCCUGGCUUCGACAGUGUCAUCGCCCGAGGUCACACCGAGCCAGACCCAGCCCAGGACACCAAGCUGGAGUUGGAUGGCCAGCAAGUGGCAGUGCCGCAGGGCAGGCCUGUGCCCUGCCCACAGUUCAGCAGCUCUCACUUCUCCCAGAGCGAGUACCUCAUCUACAAGGAGAGCCAGUGCUGUCUGCGCUACCUGCUGCAGCUUCGCCUCUGAGCUGUUCCCCCCGUGCCCCAGCUCCCCAAAACCUGCAGCCUCCUCCCUGCCUGACCCCGACCACACCUCCCCACCCCUGGCACUCCUGCGGCUCCCCUAGAAUGCAACACAGACCCCAUCCCACAACACAGCCUGUUUAGUGGCUU